UGAAUCGGAAUGUAUUUCUUCAUUUUUACCACCCGUCGGGCGUAUUACAAAUGGCAUACUACCAAAAAGUCUGUCAAAAUCCUUUACAUCGCCAUGGGAACUUUAAUAAUCGCCUUGAUGGCUCUUUCUUUAAGUCAGGAGGAAAAAGAUAAAGUAAAAGAUAUCGAUGCCAUUGAGGAGACCCCGGAAGCAAUGCGGCGGAAGAUCAAGGAAAUGAUGCUGCACGCUUGGAGAAAUUAUGCGAGAUUGACUUGGGGCACCAAUGAAUACCGUCCGAUUACUCAGAGUGAUAACUUCGACAGCGAAUUCGGACACCACAAACUGGGUGCAACAAUCAUAGAAAGUAUGGACACUUUGUUUGUGAUGGGUCUGGAUAAGGAGUUAAACCAGUCACGGGAAUGGAUCCAGGAAUCAUUCACCUUGGAUAACGUCGACCAGGCCUUGUCCAUUUUUGAACUAACUUCUAGGAUGUUGGGACCCAUGUUAGCUAUGUACGCCCUAACUGGAGACGAACUAUACAGGGAUAAGGCUAUACACAUAGCUGAUAAGAUACUGCCAGCCUUCCAGACUCCUACGGGUAUACCCAAGCGAUUCGUUGUACCAAACGAUGACCACUUUCGUAAAAGAUCCCUCCCUGAUGUGGCACGUACCGCGGAGUUUGGAGCCCUGCACUUGGAGUUCUUUUAUCUUAGUGAAAUCACCGGGAAUCCAGUCUACAAAAAUGUAGUUGAUGGCAUCCGUCGGUUGCUGGCUGAUGUGAACAAGCCGAAUGGCCUGUAUCCAGACUCCUUCUGCACGAAAUAUGGAAGAUGGGAGACCUCUAGAUGCUCGAUAAACCGAUUUCAUGACUACCUAUUAAAGUCCUGGAUGCAGUCCGGCUGGAAUGAUUCUGAAACUUUGGAAGUUUUCAAAGAUGCCAUGUUGGCGGUGGUGCAGAAUAUGGUGGAAAUAACAACGGAGGAUGUUAUCUACAUGCCGGAAGUCGUAGAUGGCGCACGAACUGAUCGAAUGAAGCAGUCGGAUUGCUUUGCGGCUGGCCUUUUCGCCCAGGGAGCAGAGCAAACGUUGAUGAAGCACUGGGCGAAGUAUGCACAAAUUGGCAUCGGCAUUGGCGACACUUGUCACGACCUCUAUAGGCAGUCACCUACUGGACUGGGUCCGGAGGAGAUGGGUUUCUCAGAGGAAUCCCGAGAGGAGAUAGUAUCCCUGCAGAGAACCUUCUAUGCACUACGCCCGGAAAUAGUUGAGAGCUAUUUAAAACUAUGGCGUCUGAGUCGCGACAAGAAGUACCGGGAGUGGGGACGAGAACUCGUCUUGGCAUUGGAGAAGUACUGCCGGACCCCGUAUGGAUAUGCUGGCAUCCAAGAUGUGUACAACGAGUCCUCCGGAUCAGAUGACGUUCAACGGACUUACUUCUUGGGCGCAACUCUCAAAUACUUGUUCCUGCUGUUUUCGGAAGAUGAGGUAUUCCCUCUGCAAGAAUGGGUCUUUAAUAGUGCGGGUCACGUAUUGCCUAUAAAAGGUGUUAACCCAAAGUAUCGUCUAUAUAAUUCAACGGAAGAGGAAAAUAAAGGAUAGUAAUGAUUUCUCUAAAAACCUCAAGGGUUAAU